UGUAGAAUGCGGCCAUGCCAGCAGGUCGUGUCCAAGUCCGAGUAUACCAGCGUCUCUACAGUUGCCGGAACGGUGAACGACUUGGUUACAUAAGCAGCCUGUUUGAGGGACGGCGCCAAACAACGCGCAAACAACGCGACUUGUUCUUUUGCUGCAUCACCGACCUCAAAGAAAAGUGGCGACCGUCUCUUGCCUCCGCCCGCCAUGGACCACGCGAAAUCAUUUUCAGAGGAUGUCUACGACAUACAGCGGGAGCUUACUUUUAUUUCCCCUUCAUCUCACCCGCUUAUGGGCUCAAUUGUCCAUGAGAACAAUGACUGGACGGUCGGACAUUUUCAGUCGUCGUCCUUGCAUGGAAUUUCGCCUUACGAUGGCAACAGAAGUCGUCCCAUACGCUCGUAUACCUCACUACUAGCAGCAGAUGCUCUUCUUAACUUAGCUGGUUCCUCACCACAGUCACCAUUCUUCCCGUCACCACCUUCCCAAGCGCAUACACAUACGCCACAGUCGACCCUCUUCCCUAAUUCACCUUCAGAUCAUCUUAAAAUGACGGAACAGUUUCCAGGGACCCCUCUGCAUCAUUUGUUCUCUUCUUCUCCAGCAUAUUGGAACCUUGGAGUGUCCUCCGUGUCACCCAUCAUCAGGACUACCUCUUCGCCACACCGCGCUUCACAGUCUACUAAUUCCGUAGGGUCUUCCACCGUUUACUCUCGCAGCCGCAAACUCUCAAGUGCUUCACGCCUUCAAUUUGCUUAUGCCAUGGACGAUACCUUGUCGCCUCUUACUAAUAUUUCCUCCGCUAUGUCUACGCCUUCCUCGGCAGCUGACGUGGCCCCUCCCCUCCCGCGGGGCCGUCAGAAAACCAGAGGCGAUGCAACGGCUACAACUGACUCGAAUACCAUAGGAUACAAUGACAGUCCAGCUUACACUGACUCCCCUUCUCCGAGGAGGUCGGCUCGUAACACGCGUACACGGACUAGUCGUACUUCAGUGCCUCCACGUGCCCCGCAGCCGUCCUCAACAGCCAUGGCUCGCCCCACCGCGUCAAGCGUCAAGCGCAAAGCAAGCUCGUCUCGAGGAGGCAAUUCUAAACGCAGUCGUGUAGAACCUGAGUCUAAUUCGGCUCCCGCUGGUGCUUCGAGCAAUCUUUCAGACGAUGACCAGGAAGAUCAUAGCGAUGACAGUGAUGGCGAUUCCCCAGAAGGAUAUCCGAUGAGGACUUUCCCCUCCAAUGUCGAGAUCAAUCCUGACUUUCCACUACUGUACCGUAAAUUCCAUAUUAGCUCCUUUAGAGAAGGCGAAAAUCGCAAGAGUGGCCUUGCUGGUAGUACCUGGAACGAGCCUAGAGACGCCUUCGACCUGUAUACGCCACGAUAUGUCAAAGGCAGAGGCAACACCAAGGUUGGGCUUUGCCCGAUAUGCUGCGAAUCUGUCAAGCGCGGCGGCGCAGGCAAGAAGCUAUGGCUGAGCAUGAAGUUCUCUGCUUUCAAUUACCAUAUGCAAUACAGCCACGGAAUAUCACCGUUGUCUAAGGCUCCCUUUUCCCCGCCUGUUGCAUUUCAAUUGACUGACCAGCCUUCGGCCCUCAAGAACCAGAAGACCAAGAUCCUGAAGGGUAAAUGCCACAAGUGCCAAAAGUGGGUCCCAGUCGAAGGCCCCAAGGAAGUUGAAACCAAGUGGCUUAACACGUUGUCCUGAUCAGGUGGAAGCAUGCGGUUACAUGCCACCGAGGCUCAACGCUCAACAGUGAAUGCGACAUCUUCGUCGUGGACGACUUGUAUACUGCAGCGCUCGAAGAGGAAUCCGGUGCUUGAUGCCUCUAUACCCUUUCCCCUUUUUUAUAAUACCCCGACUGAUGAACCUGCGCUUUAUACCAUGGUGUCUUGGGACGACGUCGACUGCUGAACCAACUCCAAUUUUCACUAGAAAUACCCUUCAUAACUUUAUUUUCGCUCUCGAUUAGAUCGCAUUCACGCAUUCAGCUCUCGCAUUCUCCUUUCUCUAUUUCUUGGAACGUCUCAUCUGCUAUGCCUAUUGCACCAUCUGCCUUAUAUUCUACGACUUUCCAGUACUAUAGUUUGUUGUCUUUCCUCCUAUCGCUGUCAUUGCAUGAAUCACCUCUCUACUCCUGUUCUCUACUGUUAUCUUAUCCUAGUAGCGAUUGUUGCAUUGUACCUUCUUUCAUACUGCGUAAUUUUAGUGGGUCGUUACUGUUGGACCAAAUCUCGAGGGUUGCCGAAGUCUUGGGUAAGUUACCUUGGGAGGAUCUCACCCGCUGUAAUCUUUUUCCGG